GGGACUUUCAUGUUCGCUCAUCACUCUCUAGUCUGUUUUCAUGGUUUAUUGGCGGUAUCCCUGAUAAUCUAAAAACUUUCUCGCAAUGGAACGAUUUAGCGUUCUCAGGUUUGGGUUAAGAAUUUCUGUUUUUAACCUACGCUGCUGUUAAUAAUAUCGUCUUCUUGCUUUCUGUAUGGUCGUCAUACGAGUGGUCCGUAAUGGUGAGUUGUGGUGCCGUGUAUUUCGUCUCUUAUGGCCUUCUCCUUUUAAAAUAUCCACUCCCAGCAGCGUUCUGUGAACGAUUCUUUUUUUGUUGAACUCUUCGCGUUUAUUGCACGAGGCAAAUGGAUCCUGGAAGCUUUCCCCUUUUCAAAUGUUACAACGAGUAAUUUGAGUCGCAUACUGAAAAGAAAAAUAGAGUGACAUGACUAGCGUGAGACUGGUCCAAUAAGCGGUGGUAGCCGGUGAACCAUACCAAGGACCGCCUGAACUGAACAUCAUGAAGAUGGCAGUUGCCUCUAGAACCAACAUUCUUCUUCGGAUCAAUUGUUCUUCUUUUGACAAGAGUAGGGAUACUCUCCAUUCCAUAUGCUCUAGCAUCUGGAGGAUGGCUGAGCUUAAUUCUUCUAUUUAUCAUUGCCAUGGCAACAUUUUACACUGGUGUGUUGAUUAAAAAAUGCAUGGAUAUGAAUCUGGGAAUCAAAUCCUAUCCCGACAUAGGUCAUCAUGCAUUUGGAGAGAAAGGAAGGUUUGCUGUGUCAAUAACUAUGUACACUGAACUCUACUUAGUUGCAACAGGAUUCUUAAUUCUAGAAGGGGAUAACUUGGACAAUAUAUUCCCCAAUACUGUCGUUGAAUUAGCAGGCUUAUCAGUUGGUGGAAAGCAGUUCUUUGUGAUACUGAUAGGCCUUGUCAUUAUGCCUUCAGUUUGGUUGGAUAACUUAAAUCUUCUUUCUUAUGUAUCAGCAAGUGGUGUGUUUGCUUCUGUUAUCAUAAUUUGCUCCAUAUUUUGGACUGCAACGGUAGACGGAACUGGAUUUCACCAUAGCGGGACCCUCCUUAAUUGGGACGGCAUCCCUACUUCUGUUAGCUUGUAUGCCUUCUGUUAUUGUGCACAUCCAGUCUUCCCCACCUUGUAUAAUUCCAUCAGAAAGAAACCUCAAUUUUCCAAUGUCUUAUUAAUGUGUUUUGUGCUGAGCACUUUUGGUUAUGCAUCAAUGGCUAUAUUUGGUUACUUGAUGUUUGGUUCAGAUGUGCAAUCACAGAUAACGUUAAACCUACCUAUAAACAAGUUGAGUUCAAAAGUUGCAAUAUUUACUACUUUGGUGAAUCCAAUAGCCAAGUAUGCUUUGAUGGUGACACCAAUUAAAAAUGCCCUGAAAGAUUUGCUACCCGGAACUUACCAGAAUAGGAUCACAAAUAUCUUGAUAAGCUCGGCCUUGGCAAUCAGUACUGUCAUGGUUGCCCUGACUAUUCCUUUCUUUGGAUACCUGAUGUCUUUAGUUGGAGCAAUUCUGAGUGUCACAGCUUCAAUUCUACUUCCAUGCUUGUGCUACUUAAAGAUUUCAGGGACAUAUAAAAAAUGUUGUUUUGAAACUGUAGUCAUAAUAGGAAUAAUAUCCACAGGUUUAGUGAUAGGAAUAUUUGGUACAUACACUUCGGUCCUAAAAAUUAUCGAGCAUUGGUAACUGUUGAGAGUAAAUCAGUAGACUACUGGUUAUGAGUGGCAGUGUUUAAGUAUCCUGAAGGGCCUGAUCGUGAAGAGUCAUGGUUGACUCUUGUUUUCCUGGCUAACUCGACUGGGCAAUAAAGCUGCUCAUAGAAAAUGACUCGGGGGAUUUGGGACUGCAAGAAUGAUUCUAUGAACCCCGCAAACCCGAUCGGCUAUGGUUUUGGAUGAGGAUAAUUCAGUUGACUCGAAUGCUGCUGUGGUUAGGCAGGGAAUAGGGUAGUGUUUGUUUCAUUUCGUUGUGCCUUUGUCUUUGACUGCUGUUUGAUGUAGAGGUUUGUUUGGUAUUAAUGAAGUAUUUGUUCAAUCCAAAAGAAAAAAGUAGUGGACUUUUCUUUCUCUACCUUUUGUACCAAUAAGAAGAUAGCGUAGUACGUGUUUGAUUCAGCCUCUA